AGGAUGCUUAUAAAACUCAAGUACGAAUAGAUGAUGAACCAGCUUACUUGGACAUUCUAGACACUGCUGGACAGGCAGAAUUCACAGCCAUGAGGGACCAAUAUAUGCGAGGUGGAGAGGGUUUCAUUAUCUGCUAUUCCAUCACAGACCGCCAAUCCUUUCAGGAAGCUGCAGAGUUUAAGGAGCUCAUUUAUCGUGUCCGGCACACUUAUGACAUCCCAUUGGUGCUGGUAGGAAACAAAAUAGAUCUUGAGGAGUUCAGGCAGGUCUCGACUGAAGAAGGCAUGAGCUUGGCGAGAGAGUAUUCGUGCUCCUUCUUUGAGACCUCAGCUGCCCUGCGCUUCUACAUUGAUGAUGUCUUUCAUGGACUCGUGCGGGAAAUACGCAGAAAAGAGUCCUCGCUGCCCCUGACAGAGAAGAAGAUGAAGAGGAAGGACAGCCUGUGGCAGAUGCUGAAAGGAUCUUUGAAGAAGAAAAGGGAAAGCACAACCUGAUGGCACUUUCCAGUUGGCCACUUUUAAGGAGCUGAUCACAGUCAUCUGUAGCAAUUCCUAAGGCAGCAUUUACACAGCAUCUUUAGGGCCCAGUUCUGGAGUCCUUUCUCUGCUUUCAUUCAGUCCUUGUGCAGGAAUAACUUCUAUGAGACCCAAUCUAUGGUUGCCCAGUGGCCCCUUAAUCCCAACAUAGCCAAUGCAGAAGUAACCACAUAGAAGUCAGUUACCCUCCCCCUCACUCUUGGCACUCUAGGCCCUCUUGUGUAAUGUACAGAGGCAGUGGAGUGAACAUUGUACCUUUCCCUGCAUGAUCCCCCAGCAAGGGGUAUUCAAGGUCAUCAAGGGUAGGAAAGAUUAUUUUACGUAUGGAGCAAUUCUCCAAAAAGGGCCAUUAAUGUACCCACCAUACACACCCAAAUCAUAUAUCAUUUGAAAGCUUAUUUUAUGUACAUUUGGAUGAAUUAUGAGGUUGAGCUUUCACAUGGUGCCGUAAGCAGGUAGGCAUGGUGAAAUAAUGGUACCCCAAAUAAAAAGUGUCAUGUUGUACAUAGUUCCUAAAACAUUGCAACCUGACUAUAACUACAGUUUUUACUGUUCAUGCUAAUUUCAAUAGCUUAGUGCGGGGUUCAUUGCUAAAGGCUACAAAACAGCAAUCUAUUAAAAUAUUUUUAUUGGUUUUCCACGGUCAAUUAUUUUUUUUUUAGACCUGAUUAAGUUGUUCAGCAUGUGGCCAAAAUGCCGAAUAUCAACAUUUUGCAAUAAACUAACAUGAAAUGUUUUCACAUCACAGAUUCUUAAUUGUCAAAGUAUCUCACAAGUGAUUAUAAUAGUUGUCAAUAUUUUCAGUUGAAAUUUGCAACCUGAUCAAUCUCCCAUAGAAGGUUGUGCACCAUUAGCAGUAGAUUGCAUGCCCAUAAUUUGUCCCGCCUAGUGAGUAGAUAGAAAUGUAUGUGAAUUCUUAAUAUAAUACUUCUGCAUUUGUAAGCUUUUAUACAUAAGGAGUAGCAUCUAGUCUGCCUGGUAGAAGGUUUUAAUUUGUAAUUGUCUAUGUUUGCAGCACUAGCUUUUGAAAAAAUCUAGAAACUAGCUUUUUAAUUCAAUAACACUUAUGCACAGGCUGUUAUUAGUGUUAGAGAUGACAUUACACUGCUUCAUACUGGAUUUCAAUCAAAGUGCUCAAUCAGCAAAAAUGGCAAUUUUGAUAUUAACAUAUAGAUCUAGUUUAUACACAACGCAGCACAAAUCUGUAUAUUUGUACAAAAUAAAAAAAAUAUGUUAGUGGGGGUGGUCAUGCUAAGAAUAUGCUUUGGGAAUUUUACCUCUACAGGGAAGUUACAGUAUGCAAAGACUUGGAGGAUACAAACCCCUUAAAAGAAAGACUCCACAAAUUUUUUUAAAUGUGUUAUUUGUCAAGAAAAAUCAAAAGAAUGCAAAAUUGUCAAAAGCCGCCAGUACUGGACAGAAUUCUGUGAUGUUGGCAGCAGAAGGCAGGAGAGAUUAAUAGUAUUGGCAGCUACUGGAUUAAUUCCCUAUUUUAGAUGAUGUGCCACCAACACUCUAUAACAGAGGUUGCUUUCAGAAAUACAUAUGCAAGUUAAAUUUGGCACGUCAGAGUUGUAUUGAACCCAGGAUAGAAAACAGACUCUGAAUCUGAUCAGAAAGCAUCACAUUCACCUGCUUCCAUAGCCACCAGAGCUAGUACAUCCUCCACUGCUUUACCCAGUUGUGUUGUUUGCUUGAGAAAAACACAGAAGAAAGACAGGAAACUUCAUAAAGUGGAAACAUUUGAGAGAGCAGCUAAUCUAGCAAAGGCAAGACUUCAAAGGGGAUGAUUACAUGUUGUGCAGAAUAUCUGUGGAAGAAUUGUUUGCUAAGAAUGGAGUUUAUCACUCAACAUGCCAUUCUUCUUACUUCACUAAAAUAAAUCUUAAAGUAAAACCCCUUAGUUACACUGCAACAAUGCAGUCACCUUAUGAAAUCACAUUGUAUCAGCUGUUUGAAGCGAGACUAGAGAUAAUAAUCUUAUGAAUAACAAGAAGGCUGUCAAGCUGCUACAAAGUUACAUAACCCUAUUUCCCUCAGAUGUAGAAACUGCAAGUUACUCCAGAAGCAAAUUACAACCAACAUUAGAAAAACACCACGGUUCUGCAAUUUCAUUCCAUGAACAGCAUGGACUGGGCAAGUCUACCAUUGUUCUAUUCAGCACAAUAACAUUAGCUGAUGCUAUCCAAGAUGCUAGCAAUCUGAAGCAGGAACUUAAGUUAUCCAAAUGUCUCAUGGAUGGUCUUUUGGCAAGUAACCCCGGUGAACAGCUUUCAAAUGAAUAAGUGGUUUUGUAUAAUGCCACUUCAAUCCUUCCAUCUGAAAUUAACUAAAAGAAAUCUUCUGAAUAUUAUCCAAAACCAGGUGAUUGCAGUUAACAGAGGUCUGCUUCUUUUGUGCCCCAGUUGGUGCAGGAAUUUGUCCUUUGGUUAAUAGAUAAAGAGACAUAUAGUUCAGACAGCAAUGAAUAUCAUCCUUCAGAAGACAUUCAAAGAAGGUAACUGUCAAUUUUGGAGAGCAUGGUAUUAACAGUUCCAAAAUUAUUACACUUUUGCACAUAAGCUUUGCUGCACAGUUACACCAUGAGUUUGGAUUUCACAAUUUAAGUGACAUACUACACCUUCAUGGAUGCUACCUCAGUUACGUUGAGCCGAGGCAAUUCAUCACUAGUGCUGCAAAAACUGAAGUAGGAAGACUUCACGGAGGCAUGCUCAUUCCAGUUGGAAUUGUCCCAUUUCAUUCUGAUAGAAAUCUCAUCCAUGAAGGAGAACAUAAUAUAUACAUCAGCACAGAGAUCAUUCAUGGAAAGGCUAGAGUGGGUUUUCAAAAAUAAUCUGCAGAUAGUCCAGGAUCACAAGAAAUAUCACAGAAGUUUAGGAAAGAAAAGUCACUUACUCUCCCUGAGCAAUCAGAGCAUGCAGUGUGCAGCAUUUGAAAAAUUUAGAACUUGUCCAGAACUUACUUGCCAUGAAAAAGUACUUGAGAAAAUAAACUCUCGUCAUCUGUAUAUAAAUGCUUUCCAAGAUUUCUCCUGGUAUUUUUCAAGAUUAUAAUCUUGUGACAUCCUGCCAAUAGGAAAGGACACUGAUAUUGUUCACACUCAGAUGAUUCUAUUUUAGACUGGUUCCAACCACAAUCUUGCAACAAAGAACACAUACACAGCAGUUGCAUAUGUACCUAUUGUGGAUGCCAAACCAGCUGAUAAGGCCAGUCUAUCCUACAAUGCUGAAACAUAAGGAAAUGUCAGGAGCUUUAGGAUAGCAGCAUGCUGUUCAGAGCAUGGAUCAGCAGCUGUAUGUUGUUGCUCAGACAAUGAAAUAGACUCUCACAAAUGGAUUUUGGACCAAUGUAAUUUACCUGGGUGGUUUUCAUAGCUGUUUUAUUGCACGUAUUGGGAAAUUUUGUGGAGACACAGGAUGGCUAGACCUUCUUGUUGAUUCUGAUGUAUGUGCAACUUGUACUGCAGAGAAAAUGGCUGCUGAUAAGCAAUUAAGCCAUGUUCUAUAUGUCCUGACUCUAGCAUUUGAGGCUAUGAGUGCUCUGGAACUUUAUUCAUUUGUUAAACGGUGUCAGCAGGGAGCAGGUACUCUAAUAGUUCCAGCAAUUUUCUGGUAAAUGUUGACAGACACAAGAGGUGUUUGAGUCUGAAGACAUUGGGUCCUUAAAACAGGUCAUUAAAGAGUUUGAUGAUGCUGUAACUCAGCAUUUACAACCACUACUGGAGGAAUUUCAGACAUGGGGGUAUGCUGAGUCUCCUCCAUUCAAGUUCUGUGUUCAUUUUCUCCAGGUUAUGUAGAUCCUACUUCUAAAUGUCGAUGCAGAGCAAGACAGUGAAUGGAAACAUCACAGUAUGGCAUGAUUACAUACAUCUUUAGUGCAAACAGGCCCACCAGUCUACAUUUGUGAUGGUUUAAAUCUCCAUGAAGAGGUACACUAUGCCUUUAGACCCGGGGAAUUUGCUGUCUGUCAGAGUCCUGGUUCUUUCAAUGGAAUUUGAAGUGACAUGGAAACAGAGAAAACUGUCAUCAAAGACUCAAGAUGGCGACAGUGGAAUUGUAGGCCUGCCAAGAAAGAAGCCAGCCCUUGCCAAAUGGACCCUCACAAGAGAUGUCCUAAGUGAAUAUGCAAAAGCUAUGAGAUUAAGAAGUAACAUAACAAGUAGCAGAGGAGACAAAGUCCACAAACAAGCCUUUAC